AUGGGAACACCGUUCUUUGGGACAAGAGUAGUACCAUUAAAAAGAGCUCGUUUUUUUACGUCUGGUAGCGUUCUUGCUUUUAUCGAUCCGAAUUUCGUCCGGGGUUGCUAUAUGUCUGGCGAGGCUGGGCCUUCAGAGGGAAGGAAUAAUUCAAUGGGAACACCGUUCUUUGGGACAAGAGUAGUACCAUUAAAAAGAGCUCGUUUUUUUACGUCUGGUAGCGUUCUUGCUUUUAUCGAUCCGAAUUUCGUCCGGGGUUGCUAUAUGUCUGGCGAGGCUGGGCCUUCAGAGGGAAGGAAUAAUGUAGUGCACCUAGUGUAUGACACUAAAACAUCAAUAAGUCAAUGGGAACACCGUUCUUUGGGACAAGAGUAG